GCCCUGCCCGCGGUGGUAGCGCCGGGGCGGGCGCGGGUUCGGCGGCCGGAGGUGCGUGAGGGGAGCGGCUUUGGGGAAUUCGGGAUUUGGGGGCUCCGGGUGCGACCCCGCGGGUCGGGUCCGCCCGGUCCUCGCACUCCCCAACCCGGAGGGGCUCGGGAUGCAGGGAACCACCCCGAGCUGCCCUCACACGCCUCGGGGACGGGCAAACUCCCGUCUCAGGCCCUGCAGCGUCCAGGUCGUGGAGCUUCCCCCGGUUCUGACCCCCUUCCCAGACCCUGAAACUCUCCCUCAGGUCAGCAGAAUCCCCCCGAAUCUGCUGCGGGGCGCGGCGCCAUGUUCGGCUCCUCGCGGGGCGGGGUCCGGGGGGGCCAGGACCAGUUCAACUGGGAGGACGUCAAGACGGACAAACAGCGUGAGAAUUACCUGGGGAACUCCCUGAUGGCGCCAGUGGGGCGGUGGCAGAAGGGCAAGGACCUGACCUGGUACGCCAAGGGCAAGAAGGACACGGCUCCCCCGUUAUCCCGGGAGGAAGAGCUGGCUGCCGUCCGCCUGGCCGAGCAGGAGGCCAUGAUGGCAGCACUGGGCUACAAGAACUUGAAGAGGCAGCCCACGGGCCUCAGCAAGGAGGACCUGGCUGAGGUGUGCAAGAGGGAUGGCGCCGAGCGGGACGAGAAGGACGUGGAUCGGGUGGUGGGUUUGGGCAGCUCCAGCGGCAGCGCCGGCAGGGUGAUGCUCUCCAAGGAGGACAAAGAGGCGGCCAAGAUGGGGCUCUCGGUCUUCACGCAUCAGAAAGUCUCCAGCAGCCCAGAGACAUCUGGCUCCAAGAAGAAGCAGGAAAAGGAGGAGAAAGUGGAGGAGAAACAACCCGAGAGUGGCAAAAAAUCCAAAAAGGAGAAAAAGAAGGAGAAAAAGAACAAGAAGAAGAAGAAACAUAAGAAGGAGAAGAAGAAGGACAAGGACAAGCAUUCCAAGAAGGAUGCAGCCCCAUCAUCCUCCGAUUCUUCCCCAGAUCGGGAUAAGAGGCAGCACCGCAGGAGAACGCGGCAGCACUCGGAGGCAUCGCGGCACGGCAGCCGGCGGCGGCGGGACACGGACUCCUCGGCGAGCGGCGGCGAUGCGGGCCGGAGCCGCCGGCGCAGCCGGAGCAGGGACGGGCGCGGCCGCCACCCGAGCCCGCGGCGGAAGGGCAGGAAGAGGAGCGGGUCCCGCUCCCCGCCGGCCCGCGGGGUCCGGCAGCGCCACGACACCGACUCGGAGGACUGAGCAGGGAGCCUGGGCUUGUUUCAGGGAGAUCUUCCAGAGAUUUCUAUUUUUUUGAAGGCGAUUAAGUGAAAAACGCUGCAGCCCCGCGGGCACUGGGGCGGAGUCUGGCGAAGGUGCUGUGGUGCCGGCAGGGCCUGGGCACCCCUCUCCUCGCUCCCUGAAAUCCAUCCGGGCAGGAUUGAGCACGGAGGAUGCUGUGGGUGGGGAUGGUGCUGGGGUGGUUCUGGCUGUGGUGCUGAAAACGCUGUGGAUACCUCGUGUUUAUGUAUAGAGACUUUGGAAGAGAUUAUUAUUAUUAUUAUUAUUAUUAUUA